GAGAAAGUACAUUGAAAAAAUGCAUUGAUCAUUGCAUGUUGUGAAUAAUACUUGGUUGUCCCAUUGUCAUUAAAAUACGGCAAGAUGCCAGGAAGACGAGAAUCGAAAGGUUCUCCUAAUUCAAGGGAGGGAAGUCUAGCUUUCAGUAAACAGAAUACUGAUAUGGUGAGUUACGAAGAUCUGUUGAUUGCACAGUACCUGGAUGAACUCAGAAAAACCAAGAACAGUAUGAAGAAAAAGAGAGAAGUACCUGCAUCACCAUACUCCCAGAAACUUCCUCAUUCGGAUUUUGGCAUGUCAAACAGGAGACCAAUAUCUGCCACUGUCCCAGGACGACCCGGUUCAGGGAGACCGAGUUCUGGUGCCAGGAAACCAAAGAUUGAUUCCAAAUUUAUUGCUGACCCAAACCUAUGGGACCCUGCAACUCCCAGGUCUGAGAGCACAACUUCUACAUCACAGCUGAGGAAAGGGAGACCAGCAUCAGCUCCUGUUAGGAGAAAAACAAACCGUCCAUUUUCUGCUACAUCUAAUCUGUCCUGGUUCUACAGAAAUAAUGCAAGAGGCUGGUCAGCAAGAUCUACCCCUUACUCAGCAUGCUCUGAUUGUGUUGGAUAUGUUGACAUGACAAGAAGUGCUUUUACUGGAAGAAGAAUUAAGUCCCAGUAUUUGAACAAACCCUACACAAUCAGAUGUCUGGCCUUCAAGAAUGGCAGCCGGGAAAACAUGUGUCGAGUAGCAGCCCCAUCAAUGAAAGUGUUUCUGGAGAUGUGCACUGAGAGAUUAGGCCUGGGAUUUGCAGCCAGACGAGUGUUUUUGGACAAUGGAAAGGAAGUUUUUGAUGCAUAUGAAAUUCCUCCAGAUUCUGAAGUGUAUAUUUCAACUGGAGAUAAUUUUAAGGACCCAUACAAAAGUGUGAAGCAAAACAUAGCAAUAACUAAUGGAGCCAAGUGGACACUGUCUGGAGUGUUACUGCCAGAGGAGGGAAGAAAGAAAAAGACAAAAUGUAGAGUGUCAAAAAGAAUGAGGGGCCUUCUAGAGAGCAACAGACACCGGAUUGUUGUGUACAGGAAUGGCUACGCCACAGAACCGAUGGAGAUAGUGGCGGAUAUGAGUAAUAAGGAGGAGUUCCUGAUAGCUUGUACUGCUAAGCUAGGACUAACAACUCAUGCCAAAGUACUGUAUGACUGGGAAGGAAAUGAAAUCAAAGAUCUGAGGGACGCCCCCUUGUUACAUGAGGCAGUACAGGAAGGUAAUUCCCCCAUUUAUGGUCCCCUGUGGGUGUCCAUUGGCGAGGCCUUUAGCCCCACAGGUACUGUUCACUUUAUCAAGUACCUGAAACGUACCAUCAAAGGACAGCUGAAAGAAGCAGUAAAGUACAAAAAAGAGGUGAAUUAUGCAUUAGGGGAUGAGAAAGACAAGGUCACCAUUACUGACAUUCUGAGCAUGCCUGAGGAUGAGCUUUACACCACGCUAGAGCUGGCCGAGCAGGAAGUGGAGAAUCUGACAGAGAGUUUGAGGGACAUUGAGGACAAACUCCAGAAAAUUGUGGAGCUUCAGCAAGUAGAGGAGAGUGAAGGAUCCAACUACAGAAUGAAGCAUAUCAAGGAAUGGGAGUUUGAGCACAGAUUGGUGGGAAGAAAAGGCCUUAGACUCAAGGUGUAUGAGAAUGGGAGUUACGAGAAUGAUCAAGUGUUUUACUUUAAUCUUGCUGGUGCAUUACGAGGCACAAACGACAAAGGAAAAGUCUUAACAAGGCUGUUUGAUGAUCUGUCGACAAACCAUGUGACUGCAAAUCCACACAAUCCAAAAAUUGCUCCUGUGGUCAAGAAAAUUUUUGACCAGUAUGGAAAAGAGAUCACCAAUGUCUAUGACCUUGAGUAUGAUCAGGAGAUCUGGGUGUCUUUUGGAGAACCAUUUAUUAACCCGUUCACAUACUGCAUCCAGGCCAUGUUUGAGAAGGCUACAGCAUACCUUAUGGAAGGGGAGACAUUCAUCAUAAGAGAACCAUUGAACAUGGAUCUUACCAAAAACAGAGAAACGUAUGCUGCUUGGGAGGCCACAGUGGGGUACCCAGCCUACGAUUACGAGCAGGCCAACUCCCCAGAAUCCCAGUCACAUGUUCAGGACUUAGCACGUAUGGCUCGUAUUGAUGCCAGAAGUACCUUCCUACAAGCUAAGAACAAUGAAAAAAUUGUGUUGUACCCAGAAGUGAAUUGCUUCAAAAAAGUUAAGAAAGGAGGUUCCACAAAACUUUGGCCUCCUGAGGCUCAAGUCUGGACCAUUCAGAAGAAUGGCUACAUAAGGUGUAAGUCCAUACCACAGCUUUGCCUCGGAGUAUCAGACACUAGGGUAGAUUUGACCUUGGGUAAGGACACAGUGUCUGGGUUUGUUGUCAACAUUCAGAAGAAAGCUACAGGCAACACCUACCAACAGUGGCAGUUUAAUCCAGAUGCCACCAUCACAUGCCUAGCUCAUCCUAACCUUGUUUUGACCUACAAUGGGAAUCACCUGGGGGAUGAGGAAAACCAGCAGCCAGAGGGGAUCUUACCAGGACAGUCCGUGUAUCUGGUCGUCACUGAGAGACGACAAAAGAAGGAGGCAUCUAAUCAGAGAUUUGCCCUGAAACAGGAGAGAUUUGAUAACCUGGGCCAGUGGAAGUACAAUGAUGCCACAAACAUGGAGUGGAGCAAGAGAGCACUGUCCUGGCCUGUAAAGGAGGACGGCAAUCUAAAUGAGGACUAUGACUGGCCUAUGGAGGGAUAUCUUCUACCAAAUGCCCCUCCCCUACACAAACCACUGUCCAAACUUGGAAUUUCUGGUAUGGCUCCUUUAAGGCUCAUGACAAUGAAAAAUGGAGAGAGAGACACCAGGCUAGCUAUGCCUGUAGUUGGCCCAAAUCUUACAAAUAUGUUGAAGGACUUGAACAAGGAGAAGGGAGGUAAAUCUGGUAAGAAGCCUCAGCACUCCAAGCUUGUGGAGAAGGAUGUCCCCGUACCAGAGACAGACAAUGUGGAGGAAGACAUUAACCUCCACUGUGUGGACAGAACUGUCAGGGAACUGGAAUUUAUCAUGUUUUUGGACAACUGCACAAGCCUGCUUAACUUGCCAUUUGCUGCCAGACGACUUUUUGACAGUAAAGGAAAUGAGCACUUCAGUCUAGUCAACCUGAGGAGGGAUGACUUAGUUUAUGUGUCCUGCGGGGAGGGCUGGAUGGACCCCAAGCUGUCCAAGGAUCAACAACAAAGGCGUAUUCUGUUGUCACAACUCUCUCAAGAUAUCGCCAAAAUCAGACAGUACAUAUCACUCCGCAAUCCAGAGAAGUAUGUACUGGAGAUGGAAGGUAACUUGGUGGCCAAUACACGGAUCAUUAUCAAUCGUCAGUGGAAUCUUGAGGAGGAGCAGCCUCUCCCCCGACGUCCCCCACCCACAGAGAGGGACAGUCAGAAUCUUCAGGACUCCAGGGCCACCAUGUUUGCUGAGGAGGAAGAAGAAAACAUGACUUGCCAUGAGAUUGCCCACAGAAGAUCUGAACAGAGGUUGAACAACUUAAAAUGGCCAUGGGAAAGACUUAUCAAUGUCAGUCAAGAUGAGGGAUCCGAGGAUCCAGACGCCUAUAAAUUCACAGACAAGGAGAUGUAUGACAAAUACAAACCCCAACCCAUCCCUAAAAUAUCUCGAGACACACUUCAGAGAUUUGUGUAUGAGGAUGGGUAUAUAGCCUGUGCAGCCAACCGGACCCUGGUGUUGGGUGUAUUAGAACAAGAGGGUCGAGUGAACCCAGUGUUAUUGGUCAAACGGAGACCCGAUGACAUAAAUCAGAGAUGGGUCAUUAGAGAAAAUGGGGAAAUACGCUCCAAGCACAGCUCUCAAAUGGUCCUAACUGUUGCCAUGCCAGCAAAUGAGCCCUUUUCUGAAGAUGAAGAAGGUCGACCUUUGACCUUCAGUGGCUGUGCUGUGACCUUGCAGGCCAGAAAGUUAAAUAUAUACGGCAAGGCUCAUCAGAAAUGGAGAUAUGAUGCAGAGACUGGAUACAUACAUGCUUUUUUCACUAAUCCUUAUGAUAAGGAGAUAACUGCCGCUAACCAUGCUGACAUUUGUACUUACGCCAUAUCACAUGACAGCAAAAUUGAUCAACCAGGAUACCUAGCAGAGGUUCCUGUUCACUCCAAUUCUGACAGAGUGUCUGUAAAGAAUAUUACUGUCUGCACUUCCUGUGCCCGUGCCAUGAGGGGGCGUUACAAGCUGCAGAAAUUACCAGAGAGAACCGAAUUUUCUUGUGCAAUGGGAGAAGCCAAAAAGCUUAAACUACAGCAAAUAGGAAGUUUCCGAGUUUUGAAUGGAAAGGUUGACUUGUCAACACACGAGGCUGACCUCACCUUGGAGACGUGGGAAGAUACCCUCGGAAAACUGAGAGAGGAAGCCAAUGUCAAGACCAUCGCUAAGGAAAUUAAUGCAGCCAAGACGGUCAAAACCAUCAAAAUACUGGCCUACAAGAAUGGAGAGGGACGCAUGCACCAAGGGGAGCUUAUCUGUGGAUCCAGCAUAGAAGGGAUUCUGAACCAGUGUACACAUAAGCUGGGCCUGGCCUCAGCUGCCAGGAAGAUCUUUACUGAGGACGGGACCCUGGUGCUGGAGAUUGACGACCUGAUAGACUGGGCCGUGGAGAAUUACAAAUCUCUGAUGGUAGACCAGCUGGAGAAGAUCCUCCACGGAAAGGAGGAAUCCAAUGUGGAAGAUGAGGAGGAAGAAGGGGAAACCAAGCCCAGUCAACAGAGUAAUGGAGCCCCUGGGGGAGGGGAGACUGAACAGCGGGGUGAAGGAGAGGGACAGGACAGUACAGCUGAAGGGGCAGGAGGAGACAAUGCUGAAGUGGAUCAGCAGGAGCAGUCCAAGGUCCAGCGGGAGAGAGACCAGCUUCUGAGUCAGGUUCAAAUCCCUCCUGUUGACAUUAUCCUCCGAUAUCCAAUUGAGGUCUGGGUCUCUUCAGGCCAGGAGUUCUUCCCUCCUGAAAAGGUGGAGACUAAAAUGGAAAAUCGUAAGAAGAGACGUGCUUUCCGAUCAGCUGUGUCUUUAGAACUGGAUAUGGAAAAGCAUAUCCUAAGGCAAAUGAAAGGACGUAGAAUUGAGUCCCAGAACCCUGGGGAGUAUAAACCUACCCGUAGCAGCCGGCAGCCCGUGAUUGUGGAAAACAACUGGCAGGAACCAACCGUAGCUGAGGAACUCAAGCAUGACACUAUACACAAACUGGAGACACACCUUGCAGAGGUCAAGGCUGUCCAGAAAGAGAAGAUCCGCACAGUCAGUGUUAACACAAACAGACGCCUGUACCAGCAACCAGACAUGAAACGAGUGAUGGUAUUUCCAAAUGGGGAAAGUGUAGAGAGGGCAGUGUAUGUGUGGGGAGAGACACUAGAGGAAAUUCUGGACAAUGCCACCAUUAAACUGGGGCUAUGGGGUCAAGCCAGGAUUAUCUACAAUAUGGAGGGCAAGAAGGUGGAAAAAUUUAAUGAAAUCAAUAAGGAUGAAUUGCUUUGUGUUUCUAUGGGAAAAUCAUUCAGCAAACCCAAGAAUGCACUCGAUGGAAUAGAGAUUAAGGCAAAUUGGGGUAGAGCUCGGAAGCAGUAUGGACCUAGUGCUACAGAUUUAGUGGUGACGGCUCCAGUCAACCCUACAGUCAAUGUCGAUCCUUUCGGACCACCAGGUCUUGCUCUUCCACCAGCAGAAGACAACAAAUCUACCACAACAAACAGACCACAGUCUGCAAAACCACCAGCAACAUGAAUUAGCAACACCAGCACUCACAUGUGCAACUUCUGGAAAAUACAUAAACUUGUUAGUGCUUGAUAGAAGCUUGUAGAGACCUACCUUUGUUGUUUCCCAGUGUUAGGACCCUCUGUCAUAAGCUUUAAAGGAUUGUAGAAUAUCUGUUGGUUUCCAAUCAUCGAAAUUCAUGUUAAGAAGUUCUCCAAGAGCUAGAUUCCAGCAUGGACUUGAUAUAGAGUGUGUGAAUGACAUGUUUAUCUCCAACAACCAAAAAGGGACCUUGACCCCACCCAUUUGUUUGUGCCACUAGUACUUAGGGCAAUGGUGCCUUGUGCCCAUGUUCUUUGUUUCCUAAUCCUUAGACUUAUCUGCAGCAUUUUUGUACUUACUUCUACGUAGGGGCUGUUGUUUGUGUAUAACUUUUAUAUAGUAUCUUUAUGUGGAGCUUUAAAACUGAUUUGUUUUAGUUUGUCUGAAAAAAAGACAUGAGGGUUACAAGACCACAACAUAUGACAUUACAGAAGAAGAAUUGAAUAUCAGGGUACUUAUGAACCAUAUCAAUAUGUGCUAAUUUAUGUGAACAAUUUAAUGCAUUUGUUUUCUGUAAACUGUGUUUCAGUGUUUGAUUUGAAUUUAAUACAUUUUUAUUUUACAGAAUUAAUUUCUCUGUCAAAAAUAGUCAUAUUGUCUGAGCAUUUGCCAUUUUAAAAAAGAAUGUUGAAAGGGAAAGUUUAUAUGUACAUCUAUAAAUCUAAAGUAUGAAUGAGAGAAUUAGAUGGAAACUUUGUGUAUUUGUAAUUAAGGUCAGGAGGAGGUCAGGCUGAAUUUGAAGAAGGGUUUGGAACAAAAAGACAUGGGAAUGAAUAACUUUACAAAAAUGGAGAGAAAAAUUCAGAUUUUUACAAUGCAAUUAGUCUCAUUGCUUAUUUAGUGAAUACUCAAGAGUUUUACAUUUCCAUAGAUUUAUAUGCAGAGUAGUUUUCAGCUUGAAUAAUUCUUACUGUAGCAGGAGAAUCUGUCUCUUUUUAUACAAGGGUUUUCUUGGUUGUGAUUUUAGAUAUUGUCCAAUUUUAUAACAAUUGUUUGUAAUAACUGAUUAUUGGGACAAAGUAAAUUUUUUUGCACUUGUUAGCUGCACUUUUAUUGCACCAUAGAGUUGAAAUUCUAACAACUGUAAAAUAAGGGGCAUUUUGAACAACCACAACUUUUUGAAAAAAAAAAUAUAUUUAUUAUGUAUAGAUUUUUUUUUAUUUUUAAUAUUUAUCUUUACUUUUGUAUUUUUAUAAAUAUUGUACACUUUAAUGUCCGUCCAUUGCAGUUCAGAUUUGUUACAUAAGAACUGUAAAUCUAUGAAGUUCCUGCCCAUCCUAUAAAAAAGUUGUAUCUCUGUUAUAAGCUAGAAAGUUUUUAAUGUAUAACUUUGUACAUUUUCAUUUUUUUUUUCAGCCCUGGGGGCUAAUUUAUGCAUGGAUAAUGCAAAAGGGAAAAUAAAAUAGAUAGAGAAA